AUGCACCUCCUCGCGGAGCACGUGGACGUGCGCCGGAUGUGCCAACGCCUGUUCCGGACGGACGCGAUGUCGUUCAUGUCCAACGUGAUGCCGUACCUCCGCCGGCACAGCGGCGACGCCACGGUGCUGGUGCAGAAGAUACUGUGGGCCAUUUGCGCGGAGCUGCGAGCGAUGGGGCAGGCGACGGAGUCCUCGGCGUCGCAGCUGGAGCGGACGGCGCUGGCGCUGCUGGGGCACGCGCGGGUGAUGUACGACAGCAGCGAGAUCCCGCAGCCGUACCGUCCCGCUGCCGGUGCCGCAGGGGAUGCCGCAACGGCGCUACACGACGUGCGUUUCGUUGCCCCCUUUCUCAGCCUUAUCAGUGCGGAGGAGCUGCGGCGCACCUACCUUCGCUCCCUGCUGCACUUUGUACAGCUGCAGCUCCAGUUCCAGCUGCAGCUGCAGCAGCAGCAGCAGCAGUUUGGCGCAGCCACCGGGACGAGUGCGGGCGCGGAGGUCUCACGAAUGAACAGCGAAGAGCUGGAGGCAUUCAUCCGCGACGUCGUGCGCGAGGUCCUUGUGCGGUCGUCUGUGCCCUUCUCCGACGGCGUCGCCCGCGGUCUUUCCCGGACGGACCUUCUUGUCUACCUGCACCGCGCCUCACACGAGUCACGCGCCGCGGACUCCCAGACGGCCGCGGGUAAGCAUUCAAUGUCGUCGUCAAGCACGGGGCGGGGAGAGUCGCGCGGUAUUUUGGGCGCCGCCUCUUCUUCCGCGGCAGACGUCGAGGGGGCUGCGGGCGCGCGGCAUGCCGCAGAGGAUCUCCCCAUUAGCCCGCUCACGACGAAAACGGUCAUUGCCGUGCUGCUGAAACUUACACGGACCUUCGAUGCCACCACGACGGAGUUUCUCUACGGCCCUGAGGAAAUUAAGAGCGCGGUGCGUCAACUGAUGCAGCACAUCGGCGGCAGUGGCAGUGGCGUGUCCGCCGUUCCCUCGCAGCUGAUGGUGACACUGAUACUUGCCUGCAAACUCCACGCCCAAAGGCCACACGCCGAUCUCGUUCGCUUCGUCCACCAGGCGGUGCUGCUGCCGCUCGCGAAGGAUGCCACGUGGGAGAAGGACAUGAAUCUCUGGCGCGGUGUCCUGCUGUUUGCGGAGGAGCACUACAGGGAGUGCAGCAGCUUCCUCGUCAAUCUCCCGGAGAAGGUGCUUAUCCAGGCCCUGCGCAGCCAGUCGCAGCUUCGCGAAUACUUUAGGGAGGAGCACGGCAACAACGCCGCCUUUGGCCACAUCCUGGGGAGCCUCUAG